UGGGUCCAGCUCUCGUAAAACUCGUCUCGUACUCGAGAAAUAGCUCGCGGUGAACUUGGAAACUUCCGGGCCGAAACCGAGCAUCCCGGCUUUUCCUCCGGUUUCGGUGCUUUUGUUUCUCUUUUUCUCUCUCCCUUCCCCCCCUCUCUCUCUCUCUCACUGUUCUCCCGGCCCGGCGAGGAUCCGUCGUCUCUCCUCCGAUGUGUGCUCGCGGUGGAUCUCGCGGGAGUACGUUUGUGUUGUAGAACAACGACGAGGGACGCCUGGCGAGAGCGUGCGACGACACAGGGAACUUUGAGGAAACAAUGUCUCGCCCCGUGGGAGCGCAGGACUCGGCGUGGAUCGGCUGAAAAUGCAGUGUGUCGACCGCGAAAAUAAUACUCGUCCACGUGUGUUUCGGCUCGCUUAGUCACCGGUCUCUCGAGGGCGUAUCACGGCUCGUUCGUAAGCUUCGCCAGUUGGUGAUUUCCGAUAGAAACACUAUGGGAACCAGGGCCGUCGCAGUGGGAGCGGCGCCAGGUGCAGCGGGGGUGUCUGGCGAGGCUGGUUUAGCCGGCGUACCCAGACUCCUGGAGGACCUGGCUCGUCUAUCGGAGGACAAAGAUACAGCUGACAUCGUCUUUCUGCUUGGACGGGACGAGACGCCGGUCUACGCUCACAGAAUUAUACUACAAGCGAGGUGCAAGAACUUUACGGCGGCAAAGAGGAUCGGCACGCCCGGAAACCCCACACCUGUACGCAUGCCACACGCCCAUCCAGAAACAUUCCGACAGUUCAUACAUUACAUUUACACCGGCAAGAUCAUGCUACAGGACAGUGGCAUCUUCGAGAUGCUGUGCCUCGCCCAAGAGCUCGGAGUCGAGGAACUUUGGAGAAGUUGCGAGGAACACGUCUCCGCCACUCUCAGCCCCGGAAACGCGUGUGCUCUUUUGACUGCAGCCCUGGAUGCUCAAGAACGGGUCCCUGGUGGUAAAGGAGCAUGCUCAUCUUUUAUUGAGAGGUGCUUUGCUUUCAUCGGAGAGAAUGCAGUAGAUACGGUGAAAACGACAGCAUUCUGCAAUCUGCCAAAGGAUGCGCUGGUUAAACUCAUAUCCUCGGACUACUUGGGCCUGGAGGAAGAGGACGUUUGGAGAGCUGUUCUAAAUUGGGCUAAAUAUCAGGCAGGGGUGACGCAGCCUACUCAGCACUGGACAGAGGAGGAGCGCGUGAGGGUUUGCCAGCACUUGUCAGGGGUGAUUAAUCACGUUCGACUGCUGCUGAUCGACAGCCAGGUGUUCGCCGAGGAAGUAGAGCCAACCGGAGCUGUGCCAAUAGAGCUAUCCUUGGAGAGGUACGAAUUUUUCAAUCCCGAUCGCUCAAGUGGCUCGAAAUUCCUAAGGUAUAGAUAUGCAGCGUUGCCGAACAAGUACGCAGAGAUCUGCGCGGACAAGCGGCUACAACCGAGAGUAAGUCCGUUCCUUUUCCCUGGAUCGCAAAUUCUCUCCCGGGACAAGAUGGGCUUCCAGCGUCUUCUGAAUCAGUGGUACGGAUCACCGAAACAGAGCUGGCGUCUGGUGUACCGAGCAUCUAGUCAUGGUUACUCGGCGACAUCGUUUCACCGACACUGCGAUGGUGUUUGUCCAACAUAUGUGAUCGUAUUGGGUACUCGGGGAGAAAUUUGUGGGGGUUUCAGUGAUGCUCCAUGGGGCAAGACAAAUGCUAAGGGACAUUACAUUUUCUCUCAAAAAGCCUUUCUCUUUACUUUAACGAACAACCAAGACGUGCCUCCCACGAAAUAUGAUAUUGUGAAGAGACCAUUCGCCAUUUGCUAUCAUCCAGACAUUGGACCAAUUUUUGGAGCAGGAGCCGAUCUGCUCAUCUCCAGCAAUUGCAAUGUGAACAUGGAGAGCUACAGUAAUCUUCCUCACAGUUACGAUGGAGAACAUGCCUCCACCACUGUCCUCAUGGGAGAGUACCAUUUCUCUGUAGUAGACUACGAGGUCUUCACUCCUAAUCAUCCGGUCGACAAAUCCGGUCAUUAAGAAACAUAUAGGCCCUUCCUUUCAUAGAUUUGUGCAUAGAUAUAUUUGCAUGUGUACAACGUGACAUGGAAAUGUACUGUUAAAAUUGAACAUGCAAAAGUGGAAUUUCUUGUUCAGUUUAGAGACGAAUUUAAACUUCAAUGUUCACAAAGCAUAAUUAGCGAGAAUAUAAUUUUUAUACUUAUCGGAUACAGAUAUAAAAUGCUAUACUAUACAUGUAUCUCUGGUUAUUAAUUUUACUUGUUUAUACGAUAAAAUUUUAUCGAACUGAUGGGAAAUAAAUAUUACAUGAUCUUUCGAGUAUGUGGAUUACUGUAGAACAUUA